CUCUUCACGUCUUCCCUUUACUUGGCCGCCCUUUUCGCAUCCUUCUUGGCUUCCACCAUCACUAGGGUUUUUGGCCGCAAACACUCCAUGUUUAUCGGAGGCCUUGCUUUCCUUGCCGGUUCUCUGCUCAACGGUUUCGCAGUAAAUGUUGCAAUGCUAAUCAUCGGUCGACUCAUGCUCGGUGUCGGCGUUGGAUUCGCUAACCAGUCUGUUCCUGUCUACUUGUCUGAAAUGGCACCGGCUCAGAUCAGAGGAGCGUUGAACAUCGGCUUUCAGAUGGCAAUCACCAUCGGUAUCUUUGUGGCGAAUCUUGUGAACGUCGGAACCCCCAAGCUGAAGCACGCUGCCGGGUGGAGAGUGUCUCUCGGAUUGGCCGGUGUUCCCGCUGUCAUGAUGCUCAUCGGAUCCAUUUUCUUGCCCGACACUCCAAACUCCAUCCUCGAACGUGGCAACCACGAAGAGGCCAAGGCAAUGUUGCGAAAGAUCAGAGGCGUCGAGAACAUCGAACGCGAAUACAACGACCUCUACGCUGCCAGCCAGGCCGCCAAGAAAAUCGAGCACCCAUGGAGGAACAUCAUGAAACCUCAA